AUGGCGUCCCGAGAGGUCAUUCGAGCCGCGUCGUUGCUUUUCGGUUUGGUGUGCCUCUGCCGUCUGGUGGUGCUAAUCGACCCGACGAAAGGCAGUCCGCUGGCGUCGCUCCGCGCGUUCAAGGGGCCAUCGGGGCACGUGCCCUUCCCCAACAAGUGCCCAGCGCACCCCUUCAGGGGUGAGUGGCGCAGCGUGGCGUUCGGCCCCGCGCAGCGCACGCUGCUGGCCGCGGCGAGCUACAGCACGACGGGCGCGCUUCGCCUGCCGGAACUCACGGACGCGCUGCACGUGUUCGACACGGUCGCAGCGGACGUCACGGCGCGAGUGUCGCUGAACAACACGCCGGAUAGCGUUUACUUCGUUCCCAUCGCUAACGAGGUGUGGGUGCACGCGGCCGACGUGGCGGACCGCUAUUCGUUCUCCAUUCUGUCGGCGCAGCCACCGUACACGGAGGUGCACAGCCAGGGAAUCAACACCAUGCUCCCCGCGGGGCGCGCGCGCUUGCUUCAGAGCCCCAACCUGGGCACGCGCGGCUAUCUGACGACCUCGGGAUCAUCGGGGGUGUACACAGUCGACCUCGCGCGCCCCUCUACCGCGCCCGCGCUCUUCCUCUCCUUCCAGGAAGCUGCCGCCGUCUCACAGCGCGCCUGCCCCGGCGCGCUUUCCAGCGCGUAUGCGCGCGUGCUGCGCCACACAUUCGUCUCCUGCGCGCUUCCGCCCGCCGCCUCCCCCGUCUCCCCUGCUGACGGCGGGAUCGGGAUCGGUGUGAGCGAGGCGGGCGCGGGCGCGCGGAAGGCGAGCGUGGCGGAUGGAUUGGCGGGAGCGGGGAAGCUGGCGACGGUGCAGAUCGAUGCGCGCACGAACCGGAUCGUGGCCGUCUGGCCGUUCGCUGGCGAGCUGUACAUGGCGCCGGACGAGAGCUUCCUCUUCGUGCUGGAUGCGACAAACAAGGCCAUCCACAUGCUGCAGCUGAGUGCCGUCCAGCCGCCGCCCGCGCAGCCCAACGGGCAGCCGCAGCCCACGCCGCGGCCGCGCCCCAACGUGACAGCGUGGCAGCCGCUGACGUUCAACGUGGACUACACGCCGCUCAGGAUGGUCUUCACUCCCAAGCCGCCGCACUACCUGGUGUACAUAAGCGUGUCGGAGGGCGGCGUGAUAGGGCGGCUGGACAUGCAGCAGCUGAUGCAGUGCGGCAGCGGGUGCUCGGCAGGCAACAUGCAGUCCUUCGUGCAAUUCGAGCAGCAGAUGGGCGAAAACUCACCUCCAAGAGGUGGCCUCGUGCUCUCGCGGCCGGUGGCAGCAGGUGGGGGCUACGUGUGCCAGGUGGCGGCGUACGAUCGCAGCAUAGUGUGCUUGGAGGAGGCCACGGGUCAGAAGACUCCCUACGCCAACAUCAGCGACGUGCAACACUUGAUCAACCAGUCCAUGGCUCCCGAAGAGGGAGAGGGCAAUUGCGUGGGCUACGCCGCGCACGACGCGAGCGGGGUGCUGGCGCCGUGGAUAUUCAAUCGCAGGGAGGUGGGGCGGAGGGACGUGAAGAUCCGCAUCACUCACUGCGGCGUCUGCCACAGCGACGUGCAUUUCACCCGCAAUGACUGGGGCUACUCCCUGUACCCCAUGGUCCCCGGGCACGAGAUCGUGGGGGUGGUGGAGGAGGUGGGAGCGCAAGUGAGCAAGGUAGCAGUGGAGCAGCGGGUGGGAGUGAUGGGCAUCAUGGGGUCGUGCGGGGAGUGCGAGGCGUGCAGGCAGCACGAGGAGCAGUUCUGCGCCAAGUGCCUCUUCACCUCCAACUCCGUUGACCCUCACUCACCGUCUGGCGAGGCCACCUAUGGCGGCUACUCCUCCUUCAUCGUUUGCGAUGAGCACUUCGUCCUCUCCAUCCCUGCUGAGCUGGCAUCUGACGUGGCAGCGCCCCUGCUGUGCGCUGGCACCACAGUCUACUCCCCCAUGAUGCACUACGGCGCCAACAAGCCGGGCAUGCGCCUGGGGGUGGCAGGGCUGGGCGGGCUGGGCCACGUAGCAGUGCAGAUGGGGCGCGCGUUUGGCAUGCACGUCACGGUGCUGAGCAUACAGCCGGAGCAAGAGAGGGACGCUAGGGAGCUGUUUGGGGCUGACCAGUUCAUUCUCACCACGGAUGCAGCCGCCAUGAAGGCAGCAGCGGGCUCACUGGAUGUGAUCAUCGACACGGUGCCGGUGCAGCAUGAGUCGGGGCCCUUCCUCGACCUGCUCACAUUCAACGGGGAGCUGCUCGUUCUCGGCAUUCCUGUAGCCCCCUUCACUCUCCGUGCAAGCCAGCUUGUAUUCGGGCGCAAGAUGGUUGCGGGUGGGUUGGUUGGAGGAAUCAAGGAGACUCAAGAGAUGCUGAAGUUUUGUGCAAAGAAGGGUGUGGCGCCCAUAGUGGAGAGGCUUGACAUCAAAGACAUUAACAAGGCACACGAACAAGGCGAGGGUAACUGCGUGGGUUACGCUGCGCGCGACGCGAGUGGGGAGCUGACGCCAUGGAGGUUCCAUCGGCGGGAGGUGGGGCCCGGGGACGUGAAGAUCCGCAUCACUCACUGCGGCGUCUGCCACAGCGACGUGCACCUGGCGAGGAACGAGUGGGGCAACUCCAUGUACCCCAUCGUUCCCGGCCACGAAAUCAUAGGAGUGGUUGUGCAGGUGGGAGCGGACGUGAGCAAGGUGGCAGCGGGGCAGCGAGUGGGCGUGGGGUGCAUGGUGGGGUCGUGCGGUGAGUGCGUGGCGUGCAGGCAGCACGAGGAGCAGUCGUGCCCCAAGUGUGUUUUCACGUACAACUCUGUCGACCCGCUCUCGCCGUCCGGCCAGUCCACCUACGGCGGCUACUCCUCCUUCAUCAUUUGCAAUGAACACUGUGUCCUCUCCAUCCCUGCUGAGCUGGCAUCUGACGUGGCAGCACCUCUGCUAUGCGCUGGCAUCACAGUCUACUCCCCCAUGAUGCGCUACGGCGCCAACAAGCCGGGCAUGCGCCUGGGGGUGGCAGGGCUGGGCGGGCUGGGCCACGUGGCAGUGCAGAUGGGGCGGGCGUUUGGCAUGCACGUCACCGUGCUGAGCACGUCGCAGGGCAAGGAGAGGGAGGCGAGGGAGGUGAUGGGAGCGCACAGGUUCAUUGUCACCAAGGAUGCUGACGCCAUGAAGGCAGCAGCGGGCUCAUUGGACGUCAUCAUCGACACGGUCUCAGCGCAGCAUGAGCUGGGGCCCUAUCUCGACCUCCUCACGUUCAACGGAAAGCUGCUGCUCCUCGGCAUCCCACCUGCACCCUUCACUCUCCAUGCCAGUCAGCUUGUGUUUGGGCGUAAGAUGGUAGCAGGAAGUUUGAUAGGAGGAAUCAAGGAGACUCAAGAAAUGCUGGAGUUUUGUGCAAAGAAUGGUGUGGCUCCCCAGGUUGAGAAAAUUGCUAUCGGAGAGAUCAACAUGGCAUAUGACCGUUUACUUCAGGGUGACGUGAAGUAUCGCUUUGUCAUCGAUGUGGAGAAUAGCUUGAACGCUUCGGCAGGGUCCCCUAGUGGCUCCGACGAGUCGACGCCCUCGCCGGCUUACCACACUCUCGCCGCUGGCCACGUCAGUGCGAUUCGUCAGUCCGCGAGUACCUCGGCGCUCGAACCGCCGUCGAGUGUCCGCCGGAGCAGCAGCGGCAGUGCGGCGCCGAGACGCACGGCGAAGACAACCCGCGAAAACAACCUUCGAAGAUCCGAUCAACUCGACGCGGCUAGUGCUCGUACGGCGAAUGCUUCGUCAUCCGCCGACGCGUGUGCAGCGGCACGCUCGCGGCCCGGCCCGAGAUCCAGCUCCGAGAUGGGCGGCGCCGCGGCGACGAGACUCGCAGUCCCCCAAUCCCGUCAACUGCGCCACAACGACACGUGGCAUGGCGAGUCGCUCGAUCGCUUGGCGAUCCCGAGGGCGCGGACCGACGUCACUCGUCCGUCGCAUCAUUUGUCGCCGCGAGAAGCGCCGCGACUGCAGCUUCCCCGCGCAGCAGCAGGCCCUGGCGGACAGCGCGCCGAGCCCGCCUCUUCCGGCUCUUCCCAUCAUCCCUCGCCGCGACUGCAGCUUCCCCGCGCAGUGACAAACCCUGGCGGGCAGCGCGCCGAGCCCGCCUCUUGCGCUCCCCAUCACCCCUCGCCGCGCUCGUCCGGCGGACGCGCCGCGACUCGCGGGACACUAAAGAGCGGUUCGGACCCAGAUCUGGCGGCUAGAGAGUCCAGCUUUGCAAAUUCGACGACGCUGACACGUGUCAUGCCCUCCGCAGUCGCCGCUGAUUCCGACACGCGGGCCAUGCUCCACGCGCAGCCGCAGCGCCCAAGCGACAGGGCGAGAGGGUCGACGACGACGCUGAGCCGUCAGAUCCCGCGGCCCGCAGCCCUUGUGAUUGAUUGCGACGCAGGCGAUGAUGAUGACGUGGCCGAGCUGCCAUUAUCAGCGAGGAACCACCACGCGUCGCCUGCUAGUCACACCCGCCAACGCCGCGAUAGGCGCAGCCCCGGUGGACCCGGCGCCAACCACAGUGAUUCCCCCCGCGGGACGACCGUGGGAAAGGCGCAAGGGGGAAGGGCGCACGGGGGAAGGCGCUCCGCCGUGGCGCAAACCUCUCCCCCCUCCUCAGCCUCCCCCCUGGACCCCGCAUCCCCUUCCCCCACCUCCCCCCGCUUUCCCUGCGCCAUCCCCUCGCCUCGACUCAUCCCCCUGGCAGCUCCCACAGCCUAUCAGCAAUCGCCACGUCAGCAGGUGCUACCAUCGGCCUCUCUGGGCGGCAGCUCCCCUGCAAUCCACCGGCAAUCAACAAUCGCCACCGGGAGUCCGACUUCGCAGCCUGCUGCUACGAGGGGGGGGCAGAGGAGGGGCAGCAACGGCGGAGGCACCAGCAGCAGCAGGCAGCUGAGUCGCUUCCACACGUGGGACAGCGCGCUGCUCGAUGGCGAGCCCACGCCGCAGAUAACACCUCCCCCAGGUCCCCCCUCCUGCCGUGAGCACCGGCCCCCGAGGGAUUUUUCCGGCCGCCAGCACACGGAGGGCCAGUCAGAGCAGCUGUGGGCUGAAGGCGCUGAGUGGGAGGAGGGGGAGUGGCGGGGCGCGGAUGGCGGUAGUGCUGUUGGUGGUCCACAGGCAGCAGCUGCGACGGUGCAUGGUGCAGCGCUCUGCGCUCGCCCCUUGACUCAGUGGCACUCGCACUCGCUCCAGCACGUGCAGCCUCCUGUAGCGGAGCAUCCCAUAGCGGAGCAUGGCAUCGCAGAGCAUCUCGUUGCGUUGCAACCGAUGGCGCAACAUCCUAUAGCGGAGCAUGCCAUGGUGGACGGUCUCACGGUGCUCCACCGUCGCUCUCGCACUCUCGACCGCCGCCCUGCUCCCUCCGAGUCGCUCCCUGACUGCCACCUUCCCCAGCGUGCGGCAUGUGAUGAGCGGGCUUCGCGGCACGCUCGUGUGGGCUCGCAUGGCGGUGUGUGUGUGCAUGUGCAGAGAGUUGGAGGGAUGGCCGGAGCGGGAGAGAAUGCGCAGUGGGUGGGGGGGGAUGAGGAUUGGCGCAUGGUGCAGGAGACGCCAUGGAAAGAGGAGGGUGAAGGGGAGGACGUGGAGGCAACGAGAGGGUGGCAAUGGGAAGCGGAGGGGGAUGGUUUGGAGCGAGGAAGGGUUGAGAGGCAUGACCCCAUACAGGCGCAAGUGCCGAACCCUGCCUUGGUUUCGGACCUCGGAGAUGGGCCGCCGAGGAACCAAACCCGAAAAACAAACCCUUUCCAGCAUUGCACUGCUGUCAGUGCGUCCUUGGAUGGCAGCAAGCAACAGAGCAGGCUGCGGGGCAGACCUGAUGGGCAGAGAUCCGGUGAAAAUGAUGAUGUAGGACAGGUGAGGGGGAGUGAGAACAAGGGGAGCUCCAAGAGCAGGGAGAAGCCCAAAAGCAAGCUGCAGAGGUCGCUGAGUGAUGACGAGGAGGAGGAACAAGCCAAGGUUGUGAGACUGAGUCGUGAUGGCAGCAGCAGGCUCAAGCAGCAGGGGAAAAGGGGUGCUGUACUAAAAGUGUAG